AUGUCAAGCACUAGCAUUGGACGUACAACAAGCUCGUCAAAACCACUUAUUUUGUUUCCGCCUCGUCACACAGCCGCCAGUAUAUGCGAGGAUGAUUUGAUCGCUGAAGUGCAAGCCUUGCGCACAUUGGGUAGGCACCCAAACAUCAGCAAAUUCUAUGGAUUGUACGAGAAUGAGAAGUAUUAUAUGAUGGUGCUUGAGUACCUCAGGGGUGGCGAGCUAAUCGAUGUAAUGAUCCGACGUGUGGACGAGGGAAAGGCCAACUACACCGAAGCCGAAUUAGCGAUCAUCAUCCUGCAGAUAGCCAGGGCUGUAUUGCACUGUCACAAAUACCGAGUGAUACAUAGAGAUAUAAAGCCCGAAAACAUUCUGUGUAGCGAUCAUAAGAGCGUAUCAGAUGCGUCCAGAGUUAUCGACGCACCUGUUAAACUGGCUGAUUUCGGACUCUCUGCCAUCAUCCCUGAAGAUGAGGAAGGCCUUACCAUUUCCUCAGGAACACCCAACUAUAUGGCCCCAGAACGGCUGUGUGGCAAAGUAUACAGCUUCAAGAGCGAUAUAUGGAGUAUAGGCGUCGUUCUCUAUAUUCUAAUUGAGGGCAAGUUUCCCUUUCCGGGUGAUGAUGAAGAUGAGAUCACAAAGCACGUGCUCGACCCGACAUUCCCUAAAUAUGAGGGACCACACUUCGACCCCAUUUCAGAGUCGUGUAAAGACUUUCUCACGCAAUGUUUUACAAAGGACCCCAAAUUCAGACCGACAGCCUCGCAGCUACUAUCACACGAAUGGCUCAGUGGCAACACCACUGCCACGUGCACCAUCAAAGGAGCUGUGGAGGGUCUCAGGCGAUUCAACGUCCGCUUGAAAUUCCGAGCGAUGAUCUGUGCAAUUGUGGCACGGAAUAGGUUAUCAAAUAUACUGCGGGCUCUGCGCAGUGAGCAGUUGCUGCUGCGUCUGAUUGAGUACGGCAUCACGCUGGAGGAGAUAAAGGAACUUGCACACAGCUUCCGGAUGGCUGCCUGGGGCCAUGUUAUGCUGGACAAAGAAACAUUUAUAGAAACCAUGAUGGACUAUUCCGAAAUACCCGACAUAGAGCUGGCCACGGAGAUAUACAAUGCAUUCCAUAAUGCUGAGGGGUUAGUCAACACACGCGACUUCCUGCUGGCGCUUGCGCUGAGGAUAGGCUCGUCUGGGUCCGAUCGGUUAGGCACGGUGUUUUGGCUGUUCGAUAAGGGAGAUAAGGGUGCCAUAGACUUUCCUUCAUACUACGAUAUGAUUGUGGCCAUCGUGGGUGACUCGCUCAACCCGGUACAAACCGAUGCGUUAGAGGAGGAGUUUAGGGAAGCGGAUGUGGACGGCAAUGGUCUCAUCGAUCAAAAUGAAUUCGAACAACUGGCCCAGAGGAACGAAUGCGUGCACUCGUACUUUGACAGACUGAGACGGCUCAUGGCGGGUCGGCGGGAAGUGUUCCUGUCUGAUCUGGAUGAGAUCCGCGCCAGGAAGCGCGGCUGGUUGUUUAUGCGAUACGGCGGGUUGUUCCAGCGCUGGGUGGAGAGGUAUCUGGUGGUCACAGACGACUUCAAGCUCGAGCUCUACACGAAGGAUCCAGGGGAGGGCAAAGCCGUGCGACCGGAGAUUGUCUAUUCACUGGACAAAGCUGUUUUGCGCACACUCGACUGGUCGAUUGCCACCGGCACCUCCACGCCAAACCUCUCCAGCCGAGCGCCCCAGGGACUUGGUACGAGGAAAACCACCCCGCCCAGGUGUAGGUUAGAGUGCCAGGAGGGCUCGUUCUUGCUGG